AUGGUAGAUCGCGGGCAUGGCGCACCCAGCAAUGCAGGCGUGGGCGUGCUAAACAGCGGUAUACUAGUAAUCAACCCCUCCAAAAGCACCUACACCGAAAUCAACAGCGCACUAGCGGACGCCGAGCGAAUCUCCGCUUACGGCUUCCCAGACCAAGAACUCCUAUCAGACGUCUUCGUUGAUCGGUGGGUGCCGUUGCCAUACGUGUAUAAUGCGUUGAAGACGAUUCGGUGGGACGAUGUGCAUGGGGCGAUUUGGCGGGAUGAGGAGGCGAGGGUUGUGCAUUAUAUCUUUGCGAAGAGGCCUUGGCAUGUGGAUGUUCCCAGUGUUUAG